UCAAACAGCGCGAACGUUUACGCUCUAGUGUCUGAGUACUAGCUGCGCAAAGCAGCUAUGUUUCGCUAAGAUAUUAUCAAUUAUUGCCUCUCUUGUUGUUUUUGGAAGCAUCUGGUUUUUCUAAAGGAAGCGGUGGACGUUAAGUACUCUGCUGUGACCCGCUUCAGCUGCUGGACGCAGAAUGGACAGCGAAAUCCAACGAGACGGCAGAGUCCUGGAUCUGACUGAUGAUGCCUGGAGGGAAGACAAACUGCCCUAUGAAGACGUUACCAUCCCUUUGAGUGAGCUUCCGGAGGCCGAACAGGACAACGGAGGAUCCACAGAGUCUGUGAAAGAGCAGGAGAUGAAGUGGACAGACCUUGCCCUUCAGAGCCUGCAUGAAAACACACCAAGUUCUGGGAGCUGAGAGAGUCAUCGGGAAUAAGAAUGUAAAAUACAUGGACUGUGGAUUUAGUUUUGUUUUGCUUUCAAAUCUUGUUGUUAUAAAAAAGAAAUGUAAAAAAAAAUAAUAAUAAUAAAUCAGCCAAACGACCAUCAACAUGACAGUGGUUUAAUGUUUGCUAUUAAAAACACAUCUUGUAAUCAAUCAAUCAAACUUUAUUUAUAGAGCCCUUUCCA